CUAUCUGUGGAGGUGAAAUCCACAAAAAUGAAGGCCAGAUCCAGUCUCCCAAUUAUCCUGAUGACUACAGACCAAUGAAGGAAUGUGUGUGGAAAAUAACAGUGUCCGAAAACUACAAUGUUGGAUUAACCUUUCAAGCAUUUGAGAUUGAAAGGCACGAUAACUGUGCAUAUGAUUACUUGGAAAUUCGAGAUGGAACAAAUGAGAACAGUCCUUUAAUUGGUCACUUCUGUGGCUAUGACAAACCAGAAGACAUUAGAUCUACCUCUAAUACCCUGUGGAUGAAGUUUGUUUCUGAUGGAACUGUUAACAAAGCGGGGUUUGCAGCUAACUUUUUUAAAGAGGAAGAUGAAUGUGCCAAACCUGACAAUGGUGGCUGUGAGCAGCGCUGUGUAAAUACUCUGGGCAGUUACCAGUGCGCCUGUGAUCCUGGUUAUGAACUUGGUCCUGACAAAAAGAGCUGUGAAGCUGCCUGUGGAGGACUCCUGACAAAGCUAAAUGGGACUAUAACCACACCAGGGUGGCCCAAAGAGUAUCCUCCAAACAAAAACUGUGUGUGGCAGGUGGUUGCCCCAACUCAAUACCAAAUUUCAAUGAAGUUUGAGUUUUUUGAGUUAGAAGGGAAUGAAGUUUGCAAAUAUGAUUAUGUGGAGAUUCGUAGUGGCCUUUCUUCUGAUUCUAAACUACAUGGUAAAUUCUGUGGUACAGAAGUGCCUGAAGUUAUCACCUCUCAGUACAACAACAUGCGAAUUGAGUUCAGAUCUGACAACACUGUGUCAAAAAAAGGCUUCAAGGCACACUUCUUCUCAGACAAGGAUGAGUGUUCAAAGGACAAUGGUGGCUGCCAGCACGAGUGCAUCAACACGGUAGGAAGCUAUGUUUGCCAGUGCCGAAAUGGAUUUGUGCUACAUGAAAACAAACAUGACUGCAAGGAGGCUGAGUGUGAACAGAAGAUCCAUAGUCCCAAUGGCAUCAUCACGAGUCCCAACUGGCCUGACAAGUAUCCCAGCAGAAAGGAGUGCACGUGGGAAAUCAGUGCCACCCCCGGGCAGAGGGUCAAGUUGAUCUUCAAUGAAUUUGAGAUAGAACAACAUCAAGAAUGUGCUUAUGACCACUUGGAAGUGUUUGAUGGUGAAAGUGAAAAAGCACCAAUUCUGGGACGGUUAUGCGGCAAUAAGAUACCAGAUCCUCUUAUUGCUACUGGAAACAAAAUGUUUCUCCGCUUUAUUUCUGAUGCAUCGGUUCAAAGAAAAGGCUUCCAAGCAACGCACUCUACAGAGUGUGGUGGUCGGCUGAAAGCUGAAACCAAGCCCAAAGAUCUGUACUCGCAUGCUCAGUUUGGUGAUAACAACUAUCCAGUUCAGGCAGACUGCGACUGGCUUCUGGUGGCAGAGCACAGCUAUCGAGUUGAGUUAAUGUUUCAGACAUUUGAGGUUGAAGAAGAGGCAGACUGUGGUUACGAUUAUGUGGAGCUCUUUGAUGGUCAUGAUAAGACAGCUGUGAGACUUGGUCGAUUUUGUGGAUCUGGGCCACCAGAAGAAAUCUAUUCAGCAGGGGAGGCUCUUUUACUUCACUUUCAUACAGAUGAUACGAUCAACAAGAAAGGAUUUCAUAUACGAUACAGAAGUAUAAAAUAUCCAGAUAGUGUGCACACCAAAAAAUAACACAAGAACCUCUAAGCCAGAAAAGGAGAGUGAGAAAAAAAAGAACGCACAGUGGAAAGGAAUGAAGGCGUGUCUUUUUUUGGAACUGCAGUUAUUAGCACAAAUGUUUUAUAUGAGUU